AUGGCAAUUAAGGUCCAUGGAUUUAUUUUUUCACCAGCAGUACAGAGAGUUCUCAUCUGCUUAGCUGAAAAAGGUCUCGACUACGAAUUAGUUAAUGUAGAUUUGUUGACCGGUCAACAGAAGAAGGAGCCCUUUAUUUUACUCAAUCCAUUUGGUCAGGUGCCAGCUUUUGAAGAUGGCGACUUGAAACUCUUUGAAUCAAGGGCUAUAACCAAAUACAUAGCAUAUGCGUAUGCGGACAAAGGAACGCCACUUCUAGUCCAAGACCCAAAGAAGCUUGCAAUUCUUGGAGUUUGCCACCUCCCGACAUUGGAGUGCCUAAUGGGGACACGUGUCAAGGCGAUUAUCGAGGCCCGGGCCCACGUGCACGCCUGGGCCAAGGAUAUCCUGGCCAGGCCAGCCUGGCAGAAGGUCGUUGCGAUGAAAAACAACCCCUGA